AUGCAGGUGUCUUCUCGUGCUCCGCCAUCUCGUCGAGCCAAUCAUUCAGAGAUGAGAGGUCGUGCGCCUCUUCCGGCUACCUCUGGGGCACCCCAGAACCCCCAGAACGGACAUUCUCGCAAUCCAUCGGCACUUGACGUUGCCCGCAGCCCGCCGAACCAGAGCAAUAAGAACACCAAACAUGUUCCUUGCAAAUUUUUCCGCCAGGGUGCCUGCCAGGCAGGUCCCGCCUGUCCGUUUUUACACUCCACCGAUGCCGGCAUUGAUUACGCUCCGUGCAAGUAUUUUGCAAAGGGAAACUGCAAAUUCGGCGCAAAAUGCGCACUGGCGCAUAUCCUACCAGAUGGACGGAGAGUCAACCGGCCGACUGGGAACAUGGGAAUAGGAAGCGGUCAUCUCAAUCUGGGCGGCCGGGUGAAUCCGCAGGCCUAUGUCAACCAGGACUCCGCCUUGACCAACUCGGUGCUCUCCCAACAGCGCAUGAACGGUCACGAGCAGCCUCGAUAUGCUCAGCUGGCCCCACAGGAGGAGUAUGAAUCCCUGCAUGGGCAGCAACAGCCGUCCUAUGAUGGAAUCCCCACGAUCGAUACGGGCCUGGCAUCCGAUGCCGGCUCCAAGUAUGGAUCUCCCGCUGAAGAUGUCCGAUACCUCAUGUCGCCUAAUAACAACCACCUCAGCGCCCUCGAUGCAGGGCUCCCGGCUUCCUUCGACAGUCAAGGUAUCUCUCAUGCUGCCCGUUACGGUCCGGUGGCUGCUUCCAUGCCCUCGCAAUUUGGAUUGGAAUCGCCACCACCCCAGAGACCGGCUCAUGCAGAUAUAUUCCGGAACCUGGGCGAUCUCGGCUAUGGCACCAGUUUGCGCAAGCCUUCAUCGAACAUAGGAUCUUCUCCUCCCGCCCCUGAAGAUACAGUCGGUACCCGGUUCAUGCACUCGUCGCGCCCCGUCAGGCCACGCAUGUUUUCCGCUAGUGUUCCUCGUCCCACGGCCCUUGAGGAAUGGGAUGAGAACUUCCCCAUGGAAGAGGAUUACCUACCAUUCAAUCUGCACGACGAUGUUCUGACUCCACAGGAAAAGCUGCGCCGCCUCUCCCGGACCGAUAACGACCUCAGCUCCAGCCACCGCGACCUCACUGGCCUUGGCAUGACCAGCACCAGCUUUUCCAAGAAUGGUUCUCCCCUGGCGUCGAGCCCGUCUCGCUUUGGUGCAUUGUUUGCUAAGCAGCGCCAGCGCAAGGAAGAGGAAUCUCACGGCUCUUCCUCUUUCCACAUCGGCUCUCCUCUCCGUGAGUCAUCACUGAACCCAAUCACCAGCCCUAGCCUGGGACCCAUUGGUAGUAGCCGGGUAUCCCACGAAGCGUCGUUCAUCUCGAGCCCUGGACGUCAAUCCUCAAUGUCCAUUAUCUCCGAGCAGCUCAGCGGCAUGGGCCUUCACCCUGGUUCUGCUCGUCCGUCGCCUGCCAUUCCUAGCAGUCUCAGCAAUCCUACCCCUAUCGGUCCUACUCCUAUCGGCCGAUUUGACCGAAUCAUCUCCCCUCCUGUCAACACAGGCAAGAUUGAGGAGGAAGAGCAGAGUGACCUGGUCUUCGACAUGGAGGAAGAGGUCGGCCACAAGCGGACCAGUGCCUCGUGGACUGAGAACAAAGAAAGUUCCUCCUAA